AUAGACAUGCUGUGUGCUCUCAUGUGUCCGAUGCACGAUGACUACGACCUGCGGCAGGAGCAGCUGAACAAAGCCUCUCUGCUCUCCUCGAAGAAGUUCCUGGAGAACCUGCUGGAGAAGUUCCUCAGUAACGUGGAGCACGGCACAGGAGCGCUGGUGAUCAGCUCGCUGCUGGACUUCCUGACCUUUGCCCUCUGCGCUCCUUACAGCGAGACCACCGAGGGCCAGCAGUUCGACAUGCUGCUGGAGAUGGUGGCCUCCGACGGACGGACGCUCUUCAAACUCUUCCAGGUCAGGG